UUUUGUAUUAUUUUCGAAAAUACACGUCUCUUUUUUUUCUGUUAUGAACUUGAAAGAAUUUCCAGCUGAAUCUCGUAUAGGAAGAGAAAACCAAGUAUACGAUAACCAUCUUCGACAGGUUGCUGGUACUAUUGCUAUUGACCCCAAUACCAACAAAGUGCUUAUUAUUUCAAGCAGUAAAUACGAAAAUGUUUGGGUUCUUCCUAAAGGAGGUUGGGAGAAUGAUGAGACAAUAGAACAAUCAGCCGAGCGUGAAACAUACGAAGAAGGUAAUAUAUAAUUGAUGUCGCCAGGAUUUUGACUCGCAAUUUAGGUGGUGUACGAGGAAUCAUUAAGGGUUUUGUUGGUAGUUUUGUUGACUAUAACGUCUAUGGAGAACCUAAAGGAAAAGUUCACUUUUUUGAAUUUGAAGUACAACAAAUCAUGGAUGAUUGGCCAGAGAAAGGAUUUCGUCAACGGAAAUGGUGUGACUUUGAAGAAGCCAUGUCUUUAUUGCGCUUCAAACCUUUUAUGAAACAGGCUUUAUUGGCGUCUUCAUUUGCGCCAAAAAGCUUAUGAUUAAUAGAUUCAAUUGAUAGAUUAUUCACAAAUAAAGAUGAUGCUCGGUUUCUUAUUGGUUUUUCUUA